UCAAAGCUCACCCACCUCCUUCUUUCUCUCUCCUCUUCAUUUCCUUCCUUAUUUUAACCUUCUUCAUCUCCAUUAUUCACCCACCAAAAGAGAAUAAAAAAAAUUCAAUCUUUCUUUAACCCUCUUAAAACCCCAUUUCAUAAUUUAAUAAAAUAAAAAACCCCCAAGUCCUAAAUUUUUUAUAUUAUCCAUUAAUUUCACAAAAAUAAAAUAUCCAUCUCCAUCAAACCAACUUAAAAAAAUCAUAAAAAAAAAAUGAAAGGAGAAUAUGUAGAAGAAGAAAAUGAUAUCAACAACAACAAUACUCAAAAUAAUGCACCCAAUAUGUUUGCAAAAUUCUCUCACCACCCUAAAUUCCAUCCCCCUCCUCCUCCUCCUCACCACCACCACCACCACUUUCCUCCACCACAUCUCCACCACUCUCACCACCCUUUCUCCGAAGAAUCCGACUCCGCAACAACUACGACUCCGACUCCUCCUCAUCAACAUCAAACUCUACACGAAUCUAUUACAAAGAAACCUAAGAUUGUAACACCUCAAGCUCAAACAACCACCACCACUACUAGCAAUGAAGAUGGUGGGACCAUCGAGGUUUCCCGCCGUCCACGUGGCAGACCACCCGGCUCGAAGAAUAAACCCAAACCCCCAGUUGUCAUAACCCGUGAACCCGACCCUGCCAUGUCACCUUACAUUCUUGAACUCCCUAGUGGUGCUGACGUCAUCGACUCGCUCACGCGCUUCACGCGCCGCCGUGGUGUUGGUCUUUGUGUUUUAGCCGCUUCUGGGGCGGUCGCGAACGUUACCCUUAACCAGCCCUCUACAACAACCCCAGGUGGGACCGUCACUUUUCACGGGAGAUUCGAUAUUUUGUCUCUUUCUGCAGUUGUUGUUAAUACGGUGCCGUUUCAUGGCGGUGCUGGUGUAGGUGGUGGAGGCUUCACGAUAUCGUUAGCGGGCCCACAAGGGCAGAUUGUGGGUGGCAAGGUAGUGGGCACACUGGCGUGUUCCGGCACAGUAUACGUUAUUGCGGCGUCGUUUAACAAUCCUACUUACUGUCGGCUGCCUCUUGACGAGCAAGAGGCGCCGAAUAGUCAAUGCCAUGAUGAGGAUAAUUCUGCCGUAUCGGGUGGCGGAGAUGGUGGUAGGACAAUGAGCUUGUAUAGUGGUCAUUUGGGUAAUACUCCGACUACUUCAGCUCCUGCAGGUGAUGUUAUUUGGGCUACUCCUACUACUGCUAGACCAACUUACUAAUGUCAGAAAUUCAAAGUUUGGUAUAUUCCAUGUUCACUAUUGUUACUACUUCCACAACUUCAUCGUCAUGGUUUCAUGUAAUAGGUUAGUUUUUGUUUUUAUUUUGUGAAAUGAUAUGAAAAAAUUAUUAUGUUUUUUUUUUUUUUUUUUUUUUUUUUUUUUUUUUUUAAUUGUAAUUUUUAGGAAUUUGUUGUGUUCAAAAUGAUGGUUACUUGAAAACCCACUUUAUUUGUUAGAUUAUGUUAAUGUGAUUUUCUUGAUUCUCAUCUUAUUUAGAUAGGAGUGGAGUUUUAUUAGAUUUGUAGGUAUGUAUUUAGUAUUUGCAUGUUUUUGAAUGUUGAAAUUUGUAAUGAAAAUGAAAACAAAAUUAUCUUAUUAAGGUGUUGGUUAAUGAAAUUUGUAACCUUGCUUGCUA